UAUUUACCAGAUUAAAUGAAACGUCAGAAAGAGAACUCAAAGGCUCGGCAUUAAAUUAAGUAAAUUUUAGUUAAAAUUAAGUAAAAUAUUGGCAAUAAAGGAAAAAUGCAGACAUCCCAUUACGAUAAAAAUAAACGAAAAUACCACGAUACGAGCUAUGAGCAAAAAUAUCUGUUGGACACGAAAUAUAUGAUGAAACGAGAUCUCCAACACUAUUACCGGUACUAUCACAGCUCGGACAAAGGUCGACUUAAUUGUAAAAAAAUCAUAUUUGUUAUAUUGUGUGUAUGUUUUUUCGCAUAUCUAUUCGUGGAUUACAAUAUUCGUACAAAAAUCAUUAAAUUUCGGGAUCGUUUCGAAUUUAUAGCUCGCAUUGAAUCACAGUAUAACGUUAGCCAAACCUAUUUUGUAAACACUCCAGGUUGCCACAUUCCACAUUUUGAUGUGACUAACUAUCGCUUAAUGCAAUAUAUGGGAUUACCACCAAAUCUGACAUGCAAGAAAGCUAUAACCCGAGCAAGCGAGGUGGGUUCACGUUUUUGGUGGACCAUAACCGACGAAGAAUUAAUGUUUUAUUAUAAAAUAAAUGAUACCAGCAACAUCAAUUGCCACUAUAGGCCGCUAAAACACAACUACAAAAUUUCAAGUAGUACAUUCGGUGAUGUAGUUCCAUUCAAGUUGCUUUUCAACCAGUCUAUUGAAAUUGCACCCGAAAUAGAAUUUAUACGAGUUCGUUGCUCAGAAAAACAUAGACAAUACUUCUAUGAAGACUACCACUUUUUUGCUGUAAAUAAAACACAACCAAGAACGAAUUAUUUUACGAAAAGUGAGAAAAAUAAAAUUAAUAAAAGGGUAACAAGAGUUAAAAAAAAAGAAAACUUCAGUGACUACUUACAUGUAAGGGGCGAUGAUAUAAAUGAGUCUACACAACAGCUUUCUAUAAUGAUUUUAGGAAUUGACAGUGUAUCACAUUUAAACUCUUUACGAUAUAUGAAGCGUACUGUCGAUUACAUUCGAAAGCGCUUAAAUUAUGUUGAGUUUUGGGGUUUUAAUAAAGUGGGUGACAACGCCUAUUCCAAUCUAAUUCCACUUCUUACUGGCCUCGCUGCAGAUGAGUUGAAAUUAUCUUGUAUGCGGGCAAAAAAAUUACAUUUCACUGAAUGUCCAUUUAUAUGGAAACGAUUCAAAGAAGCAGGAUAUAUGACUUCGUUUCUCGAAGAUGUCGCUCGAACCAGCCUUUUCAGUAUGGACACAAUUUUCAGUCAUCCCCCCACCGACUAUUAUAUACGCCCCGUGGUUAUGGAAAUGGAGAAUCAUAUUGGUUAUUAUUACUCCUUUAGCGUUAAUUUAUGUAUGGGAGGACGACGCACAAUUGAUUUGGUACUCGAAAUGAUCCAUAAGCUGAAUCCAUUCCUUCAAAAAGAAAAUUUCUUUUCAUUCUUUUGGCUUGCGUCCAUGACUCACGACUUUAUAUAUAUGCCAAAAUUACUGGAUAAUGAUUUUGUUAAUUUAUUUGAGCAUUUCCAAGAAACUGGGAUUUUAAAUAAGACAAUAAUUCUUCUGACGAGCGAUCAGGGCUUACGCUGGGGCUCAUUUCAUGGAACAUACCAAGGUAUGAUGGAAGAACGACAACCCUUACUCAUAGCCAUUUAUCCGUCUUGGUUUAAGCAAAGAUAUGCUGAAGCUGUUGCUAAUCUGGAAAUCAAUGCCAAACGAUUAAUAACUGCCUAUGAUGUAUAUGCGACAUUUUUGGAUCUACUUAAUUUACAUAAUUUGCAACCAUCCACGUUAAAGGCCCGCUCUAAAGAGCUCCAUGAUUUUGAUACGAUUCCCAGAGGUAUUAGUCUAUUUCUUCCUGUACCUGAGACCCGCACUUGUGAAAACGCGGGUAUUGCUUCGUACUGGUGCACAUGCUAUCAACGAACAGAAAUGCCAACGAAUGAUGUACGGGUACAGGAAGCGGCCCGUUAUGUGGUCAAAUUAAUCAACGAACAAUUGAAACCGUAUCCACAAUGCAGGAUACUUUAUUUAAACUCUAUACUGGAUGCAGUUUUGUUGGGACCACAUUAUACUAUUAUCAAGGAAGUUAAUGAUGAUUAUGCUAACGACAUUUCUUUAAGAUUACAAACUAAACCUGGAUUGGCAGUAUUUGAGUCAACGGUACGUAUAUCAGGGUAUACAAAGAGGCUUACAGGCUCUAUAACCCGGCUUAAUUUAUACGGAAGUCAAAGCUAUUGUAUAAAUAUAGAUGCACUUAAAAUGUAUUGCUAUUGUCACAGAUAAAAAGCAUUUGCAAUAAAACUACCAUAAAAUAUUUGAAAUGCAACUUAAAACAAUCAACAAAUACAUUCGUUUUGUUUGAAAAGAGAUUAAAAAAUAAUUAAACAUAAGCAUCUACUUAAAUAAAUACACAUAUGAACGUA